AUGUCAAUUUAUGCCAAAAAAGCCUUUUUUAGCGGAAGUUAUGUAAAGCAAGCGAUUGUUUUUAGCAAUGCUUUGUUUGGUCUAAGAAAUAGUAGUGUUGCUUUGAAACAUACAAUCGGAUCAAGAAGUAUUAGUGAGUUAUCGGGUGCAAAGGUUGAGACACCUGAAGUCAAAGCUGUUGUUUAUGGAAAAUAUGGACAGCCUAAAGAGGUCCUGAGAGCUCUUAAAUAUCGUCUUCCACCACUUACACCAACAUCAAUUCAUCUUCAUUUUCUUGCUAUACCGAUAAAUCCUUCGGAUAUUAAUCAGAUCGAAGGGGUUUACCCGUUGCGACCACCUUUCACUCGAGAAGAAUUUGGAACCGAUGAUGCAGUGGCAGUCGCCGGAAAUGAAGGUGUUGCUGAAGUUAUUGGUGUUGGUGAUCAAGUGAAAGGAUUUAAUGUAGGUGAUUGGGCUGUGAUGGCGAACGCAGGGUUCGGAACAUGGCGAACUCAUGCUGUUGCUAGACCUGAUCAAAUUGUUCGAAUAGAACCGGGGUCUAUAGAUUUAGCAUCAGCAGCUACGUUAACUGUUAACAACGCAACUGCUUAUCGAAUGUUGAAGGAUUAUGUAAAGCUUCAAAAAGGUGAUUAUGUAAUACAAAAUGGAGGUAACAGUGGCGUUAGUCAGGCUGUAAUACAAAUUGCGAAAGCUUGGGGCAUUAACACUAUCAAUACUAUACGAAAACGACCAGAUUUUGAACAAAUAAAGUCGCGAUUACAAUCACUUGGUGUCGGUGAAUCAGGCGCAACAACCAUUGUAGUCAGUGAUGAAGAUUUAGAGAACAAAUAUCGUUCAAAAUCACAGUUCUUAGAGUUUAUCGGUGAUGAAAAGGCAAAUAUUCCGCUAGGAUUUAAUUGUGUUAGUGGAGAUUCUGCAAUUAUGAUUGCUAAACAUUUAAGUCGCUCUGGCUAUCUUGUGACCUAUGGUGCAAUGUCACGUAAGCCGAUGCGUAUUCCCGCAUCGAUGCUAAUCUUUGAUAAUCUACAUUUUGUCGGAUACUGGAUGGCGAAUUGGAAAGAAACACAUUCUAUUGAGGAAUAUCGUGAAAUGUUGGAUGACAUCAUUGCGUUAAUUCAAACGAAAAAACUCGGAAGCUUUGUUUAUGAGGAAAAUAAAUGGGGCGAGGAAACAGAUGAGAAAGAGUUGUUGGCAAAAUUUUAUGAAAUUUUUGAUAAAGCAUAUCCUGACUCGCAUGGUGUCAAACAGAUUCUUAGGAUACACUGA